CUUGUUGAUGGAUGGGCAUUGUUCGUGCUUGCCUCCAAUUGGGUGAUAAUGGGCUUAUUGUCUUGGCGAGAGCUACAAGGAGCAGCAGUCAUCGUUACUAAAACAUGGUACCCAACAGAACUGCAAUUUCUGUUAAGAACACUAAACCACGUCGCUCGCUUGCUUCUUUCUUCAUUAAGCCUUCUAAAUUAUCUUCACCAAAUUCCGAACUUGAAAGCAGAAACACUAAAAGGACUUGUUUGGGUCCUACCCAAUUCGAAUAUGAACUCCGCAACAAGUGCAAAUCAGGUCGAAUUAACCUCAAUGAUGCAGUAAAAUAUUUUGAUAAGCUGCUUCUGUCAAAGCCCGUUCCUUUAAUUGCAUGUGGGCUUUGUGUGUUUGGUAAAAUUAUGAAGAGCGGUUAUCAGCCUAAUUUGGUUACGGUUAGUACUUUGGUUAAAGGUAUGUGCUUUGAGGGUAAAGUAAUGGAUGCGUUGGAACUGUUUGAUAAAAUGACUAGAAGUGGGUUUCAAGGAGAUAUUUUGCUGUAUGGGUAUCUUAUAAAUGCGCUUCGUAAAACACGCCAGGCACGACGUGCUGUUGAGUUGCACAGGAGGAUGCUGAGUGAAAUUUGCAGUGGAAAUUUCUUCACUUACGGCCUGGUCAUCGAUUCUCUUUGUAAAGAUGGAUUGGCGAUCAAGGGACUGAAAAUGUUUAGGGAAAUGAUCAACAUGGGAAUUUGUCCUAAUGUUAUUGUUUAUAGUUCUUUGAUUAAUGGACUUUGUAGGGUAGGAAAAUUGAGGGAAGCAGUUAAUCUUUUUGAUGAAAUGGUCAGUCAAGGGAUUAAAGCUAAUGUAAUCACCUAUAAUUCGUUAAUUCACGCGUCUUGCAGAUUUGGAUUAUGGAAGGAAGCAACGAGAACUUUUAGUCAAAUGGUGGGAGAAGGGAUAUUACCAGAUGUGGUGACAUUCACAACUUUAAUCGAUCACCUAAGCAAGAAGGGGAAGGUGCAAGAAGCUUACAAGAUUUUUGAAUUGAUGAUAAAGCAGGGGGAAGCGCCUAACAUAGUUACUUAUAAUUCACUUUUGAAUGGUUUGUGUUUGCACCAUCAGAUGGAUCAUGCUGUGAGGUUGUUUGAAGUAAUGGUAGAGAGAGGCAUUAAGAUAGAUGUUAUCAGCUAUAAUACAUUGAUUAAUGGCUAUUGCACGAGUGGGAAGACCGAAGAAGCAAUGACGUUAUUUCGAAAAAUGCAAUAUGAAGAAUUGACGCCAAGUAUAACAACAUACACAAUACUUCUAAAAGCAUUAUACCAAAAUGGGAGAAUCAGAACUGCAAAAGAAUUGUUCAAUAAUAUGCAAAUUUGCGGCCAAUCUCCAUCACUUGAUACUUACACAGUCCUGUUAGAUGGACUUUGCAAAAAUGGCUGUAUUGAGGAAGCAAUAGACGUGUUUCGGUCUCUCAAGAGUAUAAAAUAUAAGCCAAGUAUUCGUAUAUAUAGCAUACUCAUUGGUGGAAUGUUUCAAGCAAGAAGAUGGGAAUCAGCAAUGGAAAUAUUUGAUGAGAUCCCAACAGUAGGUUUAGUUCCUAAUAUUGUUACUUACAAUAUAAUGAUCAAUGGUCUUUGCAAGGAGGGGAAGCUACUAGAGGCUGAAAGAUUGUUCGUACAAAUGGAAGAAAGUGGCUGUGAACAAGAUGAAAUUUCGUUCAAUUUCAUCAUACGGGGUUUUCUUCAAGAAAAUCAGGUUCAGAAAGCAAUGGAGUUUCUGAAAAGAAUGCGUGAGAAAAAUUUCUCUCCAAAUGACAGUGUCACCUUGAUGUUAGUGAACCUUUACGCUGCGGAUGCACAAUCAUCCGAGUUGCCAAAUAAUUUCUUACAUGAGUUGGUGCAAAAGAAGACCCUUAAAACUCAACAAGAUGUGACAUGAGCGGUUUCAAUUUGUUUCCCUCAUUAUUGAGGCAGUUUAGGUGCAGGAAUUAAGUUGUAAAUUACUUUCGGGGUACCUAUUUCUUUCUAAUCCGUUGCUGUGUAUUUUCUCAACAAGCAUUUUACUUGUUAUUGUGGGUGAAUACAGGUUGUUUCUUGCAGAUC